CACAGUUGUAUCGAUUCAUUUACAAGAGAAAGUCAGACUUUCAGAGACGUGAACGUUCAACUAAACGACGAUGGAAAACGAUCAAACUGUACCAAAACGAAGCCUUCGUUUAUCAAUAAAUGGUUACUAUGACUUUAAUGGGGAACCAACAAUAUCAUACCGAGAGACAAGAGUUCGGUUUAUGAUUGGGAGGCGAAAGAAACGCCCAUUGAACAGACUGAUAGGAGAGAGUGAGGAGGAAGAUGAUAUGAAAGAGGAGAUGGCCACCCUGAUGCAACGUCCUGGGAUUAUAGUUGUCAUCUUGCUCUUUUUUGGAUGUACCUGCCUACUUUCUGCUCUGCACUUGAGAUAUUCAGAGUCACUAGUUCCACUUUCUUUACUGGAUAUGGAUAAGUGUCAGGAAAAGCUCCCAGAGAGUUACCACCAAGAUCUGCUGGAGAUGAAGAAGAAGUUUGAAUACCUUCUACCGCAAGCAGAUCUCUGGCCCAACUUUGCUCUGGAGUCACAAGGUGCAAGAGUUGUGUACACAAACACCACUGAAACAUAUCAGAGCUUCAGGUCAUGCAAAUUGUUUGGGAUACCUUUAAAUCAACAACCUUUGGGCCCAAACAUUGUCAUUCAGGGAAGGACUCAUCUGAAUCCUGGAGAAUCCUGGGCAUUCGCAGGUUUCCCAGGAAGUUUGUCUGUUGAACUGUCCCACAAGGCCAUUGUGACUCGUGUCUGUGGGUCACAUUCCGAAGAUGAUAUCCCCAUCUUUCACAGUUUCCAGCGCUCCAAGGGAAUUUUCUGUUUAUGGAAAGAAGAAUAUAAAAGAAAAGGAGACUUUCUUGGGAAGCUUUCAAUAUAAAGAAGAUGGCGACAGGAUUCAGACAUUCAAACUUCCUGAUGAUAACACUGACUCCUUCACCUAUGUUAGCAUACAGGUGAACAGCAACUGGGGUCAUCCAGAGUACACCUGCCUCUAUAACUUUAGAGUGCAUGGUGAACUUGCCCCAUGAAGAGGAUACCAUCAUAUAUCUUCCAAUAUAUGUAUUGUUUAUGUUUAAUUAAUUAAUUUUGUAAACAUUUUUAUUUAAAGAGUGAACACAGUCCUCACAGCAACCAGUG